CUUCGUUUCCAUUUUCAUAUUUCUAUAUGAAUUGGAACAGCAGGAAGUAGUUCAACUCCUUAAAUUAAUACCAAACCAGGGUCCUCUUCUCCUCUCAUUGUGUGAGCUUUCAUCAAGUCUCACUAACUUUGGUAUUCUUAGUAGCAUUGCAGUAUAUUUUGCUAAACACAUUCUACAGAAUGCCUGCCACACAUUUUCCUCUACGGUGGGAGAGCACCGGAGACCAAUGGUGGUAUGCUUCUCCUAUAGACUAUGCAGCUGCCAAUGGACAGUAUGAUUUGGUCCGAGAGCUCCUCCGCAUUGACAGCAACCACCUCAUUAAGCUCACCUCACUACGCAGAAUUCGUCGCCUUGAGACUGUUUGGGACGAUGAAGAACAGUUCCACGAUGUAGCGAAGUGCCGUGCACAUGUUGCACGAAAGCUGUUUCAUGAAUGUGAGUCCAAGAAGGGAAAGAACUCUCUCAUCCGAGCUGGUUAUGGUGGAUGGCUCAUUUACACAGCUGCCUCAGCUGGUCAGCUUGGUUUUGUGAAAGAAAUGUUAGAGAGAAACCCUCUUCUUGUUUUCGGGGAAGGAGAGUUUGGUGUUACUGAUAUACUGUAUGCUGCUGCUAAGAGCAGAGGUGGGGAGUUGGAGGAACACAUCGGGGAAAUUCCUUGUGUUUAUAAGAGGGAGAUGGUUAAUAGGGCGGUUCAUGCUGCUGCUAGAGGAGGAAACUUGUUGAUCUUGAAGGAGCUUCUUUCGGAUUGCAAUGAUGUUCUGACUUAUAGAGAUGUUCAAGGAUCCACUAUUCUACAUGCAGCUGCUGGAAAAGGACGGGUAGAGGUAGUGAAGUAUCUUACAGCCACCUAUGAUAUCAUAAACUCCAGAGACCAUCAAGGAAACACAGCAUUGCAUGUAGCAGCGUCUAGGGGCCACUUAGCUGCAGUUGAAGCUCUUCUAUCUGCAUUUCCUUCGUCAAUGAUUUCUACGACAAACAACUCUGGAGAAACAUUUCUCCAUAAGGUUAUAUCCGGUUUCCAAACUCCUGCCUUCCGUAGAUUGGACCGGCAGAUUCAGCUCCUGAAGAUCUUGGUUUGUGGGAGAGUGUUUGACAUUGAAGAAGUCAUCAAUGCCAAGAAUAACGAAGGCCGGACUGCCCUGCACACAGCAAUCAUUGGUAAUGUUCACUCUGACUUGGUGCAACUUCUUAUGAUGUCUCAAACAAUUGAUGUCAAUGUCCGCGAUGUGGAUGGCAUGACAGCACUUGAUUACCUCAGGCAAUGGCCUCCUUCUGCAUCGUCUGAUAAACUAAUUAGGCAGUUGAUUUCGGCUGGGGGGAUUUUUGGUUGUCAGGACUAUUACAGUGCAAGAAAAGCCAUUGCUUCACACUUAAAAAUGCAAGGCGAUGGAGGCAGUCCUGGAACAUCGUUUAAAAUCUCCGACACUGAAAUCUUUCUGUAUACAGGAAUUGAAAAUGUACCGGUUGCCAGUGCUGGUCAUCAGCAUAAGCUUAGUAUAGGAAGCAAUGUAUCUUCAACGGAACUAAAUCCACACAACACCACUGAUGAAAACCAGACCUCAAUCAGUACUAAAAAGCCUUCAGGUUCUGUAAACCAUGCAGCGCAACGACUGAAACGCGCAAUAGGGUGGCCCCGGAUCAAAGAGAAGAAGCCUGAAAGAUUCAAGAAUUCAGUAGAUUUUGGCAGCACUAUUUCAGAUGAGGCAGCUCCCACACCACUUCGGCAGAGAUUCUCAAAGGCCUCUUCACCACUUCCUAAUAACAAAAGAACACUCGCUGUGAGGAGUAACCAAUCAAGUCCAACCGCCAAGAAGAAGUUCGCCUCAGGUUUAAGGCAUGGUGUAAUGCAAGCAAUCCCACACAUAACUGUCCCAGGCCGUUCGCGCUCUAGCUCAUUUUCGAAAACAUCAUCACUCUCUUCACCGAGUUCUAUAGAUAAACAGAAAGGUGUAUGCAUUGACAAUGAUGCAGCCGGACCAUCUUGGUCCAAUCAAGUAGCUGAUGAUGACACCCCAAAUUUGAGAAACAGAAAGUUGAGGAGGCAUUACUUCUGUUUCGGCGCAUCAGGCAUAUCUGUGAAGCACCAGGUUAGCAGGCAACAUCAGAACCAAGGCUUCAAGGCUCCUCCUGUUAUUUCAGUUGCUUAAAUGAUUGAACUAACAUAGAGG